AUGGAGCAGGACCCAGUACCGGGGCAGUCGGCACCGCACGAUCAGCCGGCGGCGGGCCCGUCGAGCGAGCAGGGUGGCGUCGGCGCGAGCGGGGGCAAGCUCGGUGAGCCGGGGCAGGGGAAGCCGCCGGCGCAGGAGGAGCAGGGGCAGCUCGCGAGGGACAAGCCGUCGAGCAAGAAGGACGACAAGAAGGAGCCGAGGAAGAUCCGGUUCUCGGUCGGGCAGAAGUACCAGGUCCAGGACGUCAUCGGCGAGGGAGCGUACGGCGUCGUGUGCUCGGCCAUCCACAAGGCGACCGGUCAGCGAGUCGCCAUCAAGAAGGUCAUGCCGUUCGACCACUCGAUGUUCGCGCUGCGCACCCUGCGCGAGCUCAAGCUCCUGCGCUUCUUUGCCGAGCACCAGGUGUCGGAGAAUCUCAUCACGGUCAUCGACCUCAUCAAGCCGCUCUCGUACGACUCGUUCCAGGAGGUCUACCUCAUCCAGGAGCUCAUGGAGACGGACCUGUACCGCGUCAUCCGGACCCAGCCGCUCUCCGACGACCACGUCCAGUACUUCGUCUACCAGACUCUGCGGGCGCUCAAGGCCAUGCACUCGGCCAACAUCAUCCACCGCGACCUCAAGCCGUCCAACCUGCUCCUCAACGCCAACUGCGACCUCAAGGUCUGCGACUUUGGCCUCGCGCGCAGCGUCCUCACGGCCGAGCCCAACGGCGGCGAGACGGGCUUCAUGACCGAGUAUGUCGCGACGAGGUGGUACCGCGCGCCCGAGAUCAUGCUCACGUUCAAGCAGUACACCAAGGCGAUCGACAUCUGGUCCGUCGGGUGCAUCUGCGCCGAGAUGCUGAGCGGCCGGCCGCUCUUCCCUGGUCGCGACUACCACCACCAGCUCACCCUGAUCCUCAGCGUCACCGGCACGCCCACCAUUGACGAGUUCUACCGCAUCAACUCGCGCCGCUCGCGCGACUACCUGCGCGCGCUCCCGUUCCAGAAGCGCCGCAACUUUGCCGAGCUGUUCCCGGCCGCCUCGGAGCAGGCGUGCGACUUUCUCGCAAAGACGCUCACGUUCGACCCGACCAAGCGGCUCACGGCCGAGCAGUGCCUCGAACAUCCCUACCUCGCCCAGUACCACGACCCGGACGACGAGCCCGUCGCGCCGCCUCUCGACCCCGGAUUCUUCGACUUUGACCUCGAGAAGCUCUCGCGCGAGGACCUCAAGCGCAGGAUGUACGACGAGGUGACGGGCUUCCAGCCUCUUGUCUAG